CAGCAGCAAACCAUUAAACAUCUGGUUAUGUUUUGCCUUCCAUUGUAAUACUAAUGUUGACGAGUUAUUAGCUAGUUUCCAGGUGGACCUUUCAUUUAAAAUUAAAUAUUUCAUUGAACUUGAAGCAUGAAGGUUUCUUAGAUGAUCCAACGAGUAAUUUACUUGCAGUUUUGAUAGGACGUGGGUAAUAUGCCAAACUUUUCAAUUUGUUGUAUCGCUCAGAUAAGAUGCAUGCGUCAAUCGAUAGGAAACGUCUGUUCAAACUUGAUAACAGAUUCGACUUUCAAUUGUCAUGCUGAAUGUACCAGUUGAUGAUCAACUGAGUUGAUCAUGUUUUGCAGAUGUAAGAGUUUAAACACCUCACAUAGUACAUACGAUUAAUGCGCUUUAAAUUAUCAAUUAUAACCUUAAUUCUUACAAGCAGCAAUUAUCAUGCAUGCAGACAAUCUGCUAACCUCAAAUAUAACUGCAUAAUGUCGCCAGGCAAAAUUUAACUCUCAGAUCAUUUAAAAAUGCACUUCAUCCACAAGAUGACAAUAUAAUUGUAUAGCUCAUCUCGAAUAAUUGCUAGACCUCAGUGCUAACAGACUAAAUAAUAUUAAGGAGGGUUGAGAAGCAGAAAGAUGGGUAUGUGUGAUAACAAAACGAACCUCCUACUAAUGGUAGUGAACGGAGUGACGGUGUUAGUGGGAAUACUGGUCACUAUUUGUGGGGUCCUGGGGAUCCUCAACCAGGCUACUAUCCAGGAGUACAGCGGCGGGUUUGUCAACAUACUUAUUAUUUCUUGUUUGAACAUGGCGUUUAAGCGUUAUGUGCCCGAUUAUUUCCAUCAAUUUUGCUACUAUUGAACAAUGUACAUUAUUAUGGACCCUACCGACCAACGAUAUGUUGAGAGAGAAUUCAACGUUAUCAGUAUGCAGAUUUCAGGUCAUUGUACUCUAAGUAAAAAGACUGAGAGGUGUUAUAAAUUAUGAGGGCCCCACCCUUCAUUGCAAAUCAGCUUCUUGGCACUACUAGUACAACAAGACCUAUAGUCUACAGUUUGAACAUUCUUGAUUCUAAGCAAAUGCUUACCUGGGGACCCCAGGCUAUAAUGUUCAUAAAGAUUCGGCGGAAUGACAGGCUGAGCGCCGCCCAGUAAAGCAAAUGCUAGAUGUUUCACUUUCAGUGCACAUGAAAGUGAAGCAACAUGUACAGCCCCUGCCGAAAAUCAAUAUUAUGACAAACUGCAAAACUACAGGUCAGGCUUCUCCUACUGAAAUUUUCGAAGCAGCCUGAGAGCCAGAAUGCUAUCGUCACCGGCACCACAGCACAUGUUAUUAAAACUCCCCCAAACAGCAACAAACUCUGUGGAGCUCUCCCCAUGACAUCCCCGGAACUUCACCCCAAGUUCACCCUUCUUCCCACACAGGUACAACAUAGAACUGGUGAUGUACGGAGUAGUAAUUACAGGAGUUAUUAUUCUACUAGUAGGUGCUGUCGGCUGGUACGCUGGUCUAACAAGUAGCAUCAAGGUGUGCAGGAUAUAUUGUGUUCUCAUCCUCAUUAUUAUUCUGCUCCAGGCUGCCUUCGCUGUCGUUGAGUACCUACAAAAGGGAGAUGUGGUAGAGGAAGUGGACAGUUACAUGAACCAGACCUUCAACGGGACUGCUUACAAUGACAUGACAAACGCCACUCAGCAGAUAGUUGACCUUAUUCAAGAGAAAUUGGAGUGCUGCGGGUUGGAAAAUUCGACUGACUGGAAGGGAGAUCUGCCAGCCUCCUGCUGCUCCAGUGACCCUAACUCUAACUCUACCGAAGUGCUUGUUAAGUGUACCACUGAAACCGCCUACGCAGCUGGGUGCAGGGACGAAGCACUAGCCUUCGCUGAUAAAGCUGUCAUGUUCACAUUCUAUAUCCUCUGCAUAGGAUUCUUCUUGGAGAUCAUGUGUAUAUUUGCUGCAUGCUGGGUAGCCAGGGAGGCUAAAAGGUACUCCAAACUUAGUAGCCAGUAACUCCUAAACUGUUUGAUAUUGUCUAGUUAUUGUGGCCAGUCUGAGUGGUUACGUUAUUGAAUAUUUGGUAUUUCUACUAUUUACAUUUACCCCUCCGUAAACAUAGAAUGAGCUAAAUAGUAAAUACCCAAGGCCAACGCCCUUCCCCUCGGCUGAUGCCGCAAUAUAUAGACUAAUAUGAAGUGCACUGCUGCGAGGCGGCAGAGUAUUUACUGCAGUGAAGCAACCGCCUUUUGCGGAACCGCUGCACUAAAAGUCCCUUAAUGAGACGAUUAUUUUAGGAUUUUACUUGAUUUGCAAAGGGAAUUUAGUAUUAGGGUUUAUUUUAAAUUGGGGAUGUUUUAAAGCAUCAUUUAGUUACACUUACCU